AUGGGUCCGACUGUUGUCCAUUCCACCCUUCUUUUCGAUGGCCAGACAGUCCAUGAGAAUGCGACAGUUGUGUUCGACUCGAAUACAGGCAAAAUCACCUCGGUGUCGACGGGCUCGAGCAACAACUUGCCUUCAGGAGCAACGGCUAUUGAUGGGAGCGCGCACACUCUCCUCCCAGGACUGAUUGAAUCUCAUGCCCAUGUUCAUGGUUUGCACUUAUCGCCAGGGGCCGACCAGUUCGAUAUUCUAAGGUCGCCACUAAGGAGUGGUGUCACCACUGUUUGCGACAUGCACUCCGAUCCAGCCACAGUGAACAAGUGGCGAGAGGAGAUUGCAGCCGACCUUGCGAAAGCCAAAAGCUCUAAUGGGACAGUCAGCCUUUCCGACCUGAAGAGCUCACUGUACGGGGCUACUAUCGAAGGCGGGUGGCCGAAACCAAUUGUCCUAGGCCAUGAUCCAUCCGACGAGCUGAAAGCGUUUGUUUCCACUUGGCCCAAAGUCACGGUGGAAAGUGCAGCGGAGUUCGUCAAGGAUCACAAGGCCCAAGGAGCAGACUAUAUCAAACUGAUGCAGGAAAACUGCUGUUCGCUGGCGCUGCCUACUGGAGAAAUCCCGGUCGCCACGCUGGAUUUACAGACUGCCGUCGUCGAAGCGGCACAUGCUGCAGGGCUGCCCGUUGUGGGUCAUGCCUUGAGCGUCGACAUGACCGAGGUCAUCCUCCAGGCCGGUGCGGAUGGCCUGACACAUACCUUCAUUGACCAACCCCCGCCGCAAAGCAUCAUCGACCUCUACAAACAAACGGGAGCAUUUGUGAUUCCCACGCUGACAGUCUUGAGCAGUUUGACGGCCGAGCUACAGGAAACGAGGGAGAAGUUCGCGGAGAUUGCCAGUCGGAGGAAGAUUGUGGAUGGCUUUACCAAGCAGAACAUGGUUGAAACCAUCAGCAUGAAGGACCCGGCCGCCAAGUUGGAAUACGCAUUUCAGACCGUGGUCAAACUCAAGCAAGAAGGGAUUGAUGUUGUCGCUGGCACCGACGCCGUGGCAGGUCUGAAAGGAACAGCCAUCGGCCCAAGUCUGUGGAUGGAGCUGGAACUGUAUGUCGAGAAGUGCGGCAUGAGUAUCCUGGAGGCAUUGAAUUGCGCGACAGCCUUGCCUGCAAAGCGGUUCGGGUUCGGGGAUCGAGGAAUCGUGGCUGCGGGUAAGAGAGCCGACCUGGUCCUUGUCAAAGGGAAUGUCACAGAGAGCUUGCAAGCUCUGUGGGAAGGGGAGGGUAUCGUUGGUGUCUGGAAAGAGGGCAUCCGGGCUGCGUAG